GCAAGGACUCCUCCCCUGUCAGCUGACUGGGCUUAAAUGCAAAGAGAUGAUUGAAAGAUGAAGGCCACACGACAAUCUAAAAAGAGACUGAGAGCCGUUGUUGUCAACUUGCCCAAUAAUAAGAGUGUACAUCAUUGGACCUCAGACGAUGUUGCCGAGUUCCUGCAUGCGAAUGGGAUGGGCCAGUACUCGGAGCUGUUGUGCAUCCACAAUGAGAUUGACGGCGAGGUCUUGCUGCUUCUCAAGGAGUUGGACCUCCGUCUUCCGCCAAUAUCCGUCCCCGUCUUGGCACAUAUUAAGAGGUUGAUGAUGCUGAUCAAUCACCUGCAAGAAAGAGAGACGGGGUCGACGCACUUCAGCAACGGAUCAUCCAAAUUAACCGACUACCUAAGCAAGGAGACCAGCCUAGAGCUGGGUCACAUCAGCCAGCAACUGAACGCUUUCAGUUUCAGUGACGAUGAAGAUUACCAAAGCUCUCAUUCCAACCCGCAGUCAAGACGCUCGUCUGAGCCAAAGUUCCAGCCGGAGUACGGGAAGACGCUUCUCAGUUUCAUAUACGCGUCGUCGGUGGCGCUACUGACUGCGUUUGUGAUGACCAUCGCUCACGAUCGCGUGCCGGACAUGACCAAGUUUCCGCCGUUGCCGGACGUCUUUCUGGACAGCGUCCCUAGGAUAGAGUGGGCAUUUGAGGCUUGCGAAACUUGCGCCAUCACUCUGGCUUCCAUGUUUGUAAUCGUCUUAGUUCUUCAUAAACACAGGUCCAUAAUACUGCGGAGAUUCUUUGCCCUGACGGGCUCGUGCUUUCUUCUUCGUUGUCUCACUAUGUUUGUCACGUCAAUGUCCGUCCCUGGCAGCCAUCUGCAGUGCAGUGGCAAGGUUUAUGGAAAUUACUGGAUCAAAAUGGAGCGGGCCUUGGAGAUAAUGUCUGGCCUUGGCAUGAGCGUAACAGGUGUCCAUACCUGUGGGGAUUACAUGUUCAGUGGACACACCAUAUGUCUGACUAUGUUUAACUUCUUCAUAACGGAAUAUUCGCCAAGAAGUAUGACUUACCUCCACACUACCUCCUGGGUCCUCAAUCUCUUUGGGGCCUUCUUCGUUCUUGCUGCCCACGAGCAUUACUCCAUCGAUGUGGUCAUCGCAUUCUGCAUUACCUCACGCCUCUUCCUGUACUACCACACACUCGCCAACACCCACUCCCUCCAACAAGCCGACAGGAGGACCAAGGUCUGGUUCCCCAUGUUCUCCUACUUUGAAGACAAGGUGGAUAACGUGGUACCUAAUGAGUAUGAGUGGCCGUUCUCUAUGCCUCGUUUACCGGCACCGAGCAGACUCUGGCAGAAAAGAAAAGUUAAGAAAGAUAAACAAAAAUGAGAUCGAAGUUCACAGUUGACACUUUUGUUUUGAAGAACAAUCAUUGUGAUAGAGUUUGAAAAUGGCUUAUGUGAUAUGAAGAGGGGCUUCAAUUGGAAUCUUAAAUUUAAUAUGACUUUCGAGAAAGACUCUGCUAUGGUUGAAAAACGUCAGGCCAGUAACUUUUUUUUUAAUUAAACAUUAUCUAAUUUAUUUGGUUGCCAAUCUUUAAUUUACAACAUCUUAUUCAUCAAAUUCAGAGAUGAGAAAUGUCAGACUUUUUUUCUGACUUCAGAAUGUUUUUAGCUUCCACCUGAUUUACAAAAAGUUGCUGUUUUUUCUUCAGAUAUAAAGAAACCUACAACAAAUAGGCUGCAAGUGAAGAACGGUCAAUUUUUGACAAACGCUGUUUUGUCCUUUAAACUAUCUCUCUUUACAGUUUUACGUUGUUUUAUCCUUUUUCAGUCCACAGUUGUACACACUAUUUAAUCAUUUUAUAUUUAAAACAAAAAGCAAUACACACAAAAGUGAGGAUGCUUUUAAACACGAUAAAAUCUCCGACAAGACAUACUGUUUUUACUUUUGUCUGUCUUUUUAAAAACUAAAAAUAUUGUUGUUAUUUUUUCACAAGUUGGUAGAAUGGUGUUUUUUCAAAGUACAUGAUGCAAAUGGAUGAAGAUUUGAUAGUUGGAACCCACUGUUUACAUUCAAACCGCCCUCUGUUGAAAAAAACACUGUAUACGUCAUGUUUCGCCGGGCAAAAAGACACGUA